AUGUUUACAAAGACCUUUUACGCUUCGACGCUUCUGACGGCAUUGGCUGUUGCCGCUCCUGCGCCCCAAGUGCCUGGAUACACUGAUGGCGAUUUCCCAUUGAGCGUUGAGCAACCAACUGGUGCACCCGCAUCAUCCUUUGGACUCGAUUCGCAGAUUCCGGCGGUUGCUACUUCCGCUCCGCCUGCUCCCCCUCGUAGGAGUUCAGAUGUUACUGGUGCUACCAGCCAUGGACCAUAUGAAGGAACUGCUACUACGACUGGAGCAGUUAUGGCAGAGACUACUUUGGCCGACACCAUUGCGCCUCUACCUCCGAAUCCGACUGCUACAUACUACAACACCAAUGGCCAGCUUCAAAAACCUGCCCCAAUCCCAUACACACCCAAUGGCGGACUUGGUACCAACGGAACUGAGCCUCGCUACAUGGUUAACAGCGACUUCGAUUACGAGUCGAUUCAGCUUGGUCUUUACCAAGAAUGGAUUGAGCUCGAUCUUUUCAACAACGGUCUUGCCGUCUUCUCUGAAGAGCAAUUUUUAGAAGCUGGUCUCACUGCUGAAGACCGCUCUUACAUCGCCUUCAUGGCCGACCAGGAAACUGGUCACGCUACUCUGUUGAGCAACAUGCUCGGCGAGACUGCUGCUCCUCAGUGCACUUACAACUACCCAUUCACCACUGUUCGCGAGUUCAUCGAUUUUAACCAAAAGCUCACCCGCUGGGGAGAGUCCGGUGUUUGGGGAUUCAUCAACCACCUCGACAGCCGUGAAGUUGGCCAAUUGCUCAGUCAGAGCAUCGCAACGGAGGCCAGGCAGCAAAUGUCAUUCAGGCAGAUGCUUGGCUUGCACCCAAUGCCUCUCUGGUUUGAGACUGGUAUUCCGCAAUCCUGGGCCUGGACUUAUCUUGCUCCUUAUAUCAGCUCUUGCCCCGAGAACACCACCCGUUUGAGCUGGCAAAACUUCCCUGCCCUGUUCGUCAACAACGCCGCAAACCCCAACCGUGUGUCGCCCAACGACACCACGCCUUUCGAAGUGACUGGUCUGCGCGUCGCUGACCCCAGCAACUCCACCCUUCCCCCCGAUGAGUCCUGUGUCAACGUGAACACCACCGGCUACAGCUGCGGGCCAGCCAUUGCCCGCAACCGAUCCGAGCCCCUCACAUUCCCCGGCAAGCAGGUCAACCUCACCUGGGAGAAUCCCGGCCGUCCCGUUGGACCCAACAACUCAUACGUCACUUCCACCAGCGCUGGCCAGCCCGCUUUCGUCGCCUGGGUCUCCCAGCUCAACCUCACCUACACUCCUCUUACCCUUACCGGCCAGAACCAGGGUUAUACUUACCAGCCCGCUGCUGAGGUCUACCAGGGUGAUCCAGCUGCGAACGACACCAUGUUCAUCGCUAUCACUGACCUCGACUUGUUUUUGACUCCUUUUAACUUGUCUAUGAUUAACCCUCAUGUGGUUUCUCUUGGCUUGUACCAGGCUGGUUAA